AUGAUUAAGGCAAUUUUGGUGUUCAAUAAUCACGGCAAACCACGCCUCAUCAGAUUUUACCAGUAUUUUCCUGAAGACAUGCAGCAGCAGAUCAUCAGGGAAACCUUCCACCUGGUGUCCAAGCGGGACGACAACGUGUGCAACUUCUUGGAAGGAGGAAGUUUGAUAGGUGGCUCUGAUUACAAGUUGAUCUACAGACACUAUGCCACACUGUAUUUCGUCUUUUGUGUGGACUCCUCGGAAAGUGAACUCGGGAUUCUCGAUCUGAUACAGGUCUUUGUGGAAACCCUUGAUAAAUGCUUUGAAAACGUCUGUGAACUGGAUCUCAUUUUCCACAUGGAUAAGGUCCACUAUAUCCUGCAGGAGGUGGUGAUGGGAGGGAUGGUGCUGGAGACCAACAUGAAUGAGAUUGUGGCUCAGGUGGAGAAUCAGACUCGCCUGGAGAAGUCAGAGGGUGGCCUUUCGGCGGCGCCGGCCCGCGCUGUGUCGGCCGUGAAGAACAUGAACCUCCCCGAGAUCCCCCGGAACAUCAACAUCGGGGACAUCAACAUCAAAGUGCCCAACCUCUCCCCGUUCGUCUGAGCACGCCGCCUGCUCGGUGGCCAGGAGUCGCAGCUGCAUCUGCCAGAUCUUCACCGUACACGGCCAAGCGUCAUUAUUGCGCUGCUGACGUUUAAUCGUUUUAUCACAGAUUUUAGUUUUCAAGUCACAGUCCUAGUCCUUUCAGUCACACUGGAAACGAGUCAGAGCUGGGAGGCUCGCUGCCGAAUGUACUUCUCCACCACUAUCAAAAUGUGUUAAACGAGAACCACAAAUACAGAUACAGCAAUAUCUAGAUCUGCUUAUCUCAUUCACGCAAAUGCACAACUGAGACUUAAACUGCAUAAAGGAAUUUCAGAGCAGAUUUAGCUAGAAGUGUCUUUUCUUCAUUAAUGUCUGUUGGGAAACAAAAAUCAAGACAACUAAGUCUUUUGUGAUUACAGUGUUUGAAAUAUAUUUUUUGGUUUAGAAAAAUGUUUUUCUUUUUCUACAGAAGGCACAGCUGAUUAAAAGGCUGUAGUGUAGUCAUUCAUUGAAAGACUUAUUUAACAUCUAAAGGCGCUGUAGCGCUGUAUGACAGACACCUGAUAAGUCGGUGAUGUUUCUUUCUUGGUUAACUUGCGUACUUCCUGAAGAGUGGAGAACUAAUUAUCCUCUUUUGUUUCCUGUGUUCAGUAAGAACUGUGGAUUUGAGCUUCCCAGGGUCUUGCAGUGCCAGUGUGUCCUAAGCCAACAAUGCAGUUUGAGUCAAACUCACGAAUCUGGUCUCGAGCUGCCCUGGUGUAUUUCAGACACCAUGAAAAUCCCAUUCGUCCCAUUCGGUUCUGAUUCUUUGUUACUUUUAAUGUUGGGGGUGUAUGUGGCUCCUCCAGCCUGCCGGCCCUUCAGAGCUGCUCUUCUUUCAGCUGCGCAGUGCCGGGUGGCUCUGUGAAUCAGGUCGCUCUGACUGGUGGGUUAAUGCCAGACGUAACCCCGGGCACACAGGUGGCUUGACAUGACCUGGUUUGAGCUGGUGAUGUCUGCACAGGAACCUACCUGUGCUCGAAGAAGUCACAGGUCAUGAAAGUAUGAGCACAUAGUUCAUGUGGUUGAGUUUUGAUUCUGUAAUUAUUAUUGAUGUUCCAGUAGUGUGUGUGUGAAUCAUGCUAUUCAUUUUUUUUUCUUGUUAAGCUGCCAGAUGGACGUCUAGGCAGUAGCUUCCUUUGGGUCUGGGGAAAAGAUACUGUAAGCGUAUUUUUUGCUCAUCAUUCCAAGACCUUAAUGAGUAUGACAGAGCCCACAGACCCGUGUUCCAAGGCUAUGAGCUGUAGCUUCCUGUUUGUGUCCCCAGUAUGCUGGACCUAGUUGUCACUCCUCUUUUAUGCUGAAUUUUAAACAGUAACUCUCUCAUCUGUAACUGAACGCAAUGUACAGAAUAUUAAAGGAAAGCAGUUUGAUAGAAAGUAUUUCUCUUCAUACUUUUUAUUUUUACCCUGAAGUGUAAUUUGUUUCUUAGAUGAAGGAGGGUGUGAGCUGUUAAAGAUGAAGUAUUUGUUUAGACGUUGAAAUGCUGUACUGCAGUUGAGCUUUGGGGAGAAAACGCCCUGGUCUGCAUCCCGUAAGAGCCACUCAUCUCUUACAGAAUGCAAGAAAGUGACUUUCCAGUGUGAAGAACAAGAUCGCUUGUGUUCUGCUGUUGGAUUUUGGAAUCUCAUGUACAUGAUGUUAUGUUCUGGCAAAGUUAUUUUCCAUGAUUCAUGUGAAGGGAAAGGAGAAAUAUAAAAGAAGCAGUUACAGUGAAGUCUUUUAUUAUACUGAUGAAUAACAGACAAGCUUCAGUCAGAAUAUACCAUGUUUGUAGCAGCUGAAAGUGCUAGUAACAAUGUAAAGUGAUGCAUAUAGACCGGAGUUCCUGGCUGCGUAUUCCUUUGAAUAGAAACAAUUGAGGCUAAAUGAUAGUACUGUGAAAACUGGAGACAUUUCAUGAUUAUUUCCCUCAGGAGAAAGGGAAAACUCUUAUUCCAGAUUAAUAAGUAAAAAAAGGGCUUUUCUACAUUCCAUAAACAAAGACACAGUGAAGUACAUGUGGUAACUUUUCUUAGCUGGCAAUGACUGCAGUGCAAAUUAGUAGAUGUGGCAGGCUUUAUACCAAGAAAAUUGCUGCUGCAUGCUGAUAUAGGUGCUGUGUGAUCCUUUGACAUUUCACUUCUGUUUCUGCAAUGAACUGUCUUCCUGGGCUGCGCUGCAUUUGUGUACCACAUGUGCCAGAACAGAGGGCAAAUAAGUGAAUCGUUCCUGGUGGGAAUGUUUCUGUUGGACCUACUUCCCCUGUCAGCUCUCUCCCCAACCCAUCCUGUCUGUGGGUUUGACUGCCUUUCCAGGCCCCCGAAGCCCUGCAAUUCCAAACUAAGCUCGAGCACUAGUCAGGCAUGUGAAAAUAGCUUUUGUGGUGUGCAGCUGUAUCUCUCAUCCCUCAGAAAAAAAUAAAAAUAGCAGGAGCUGUUUUAGGAGGGUGUAGCAAAGACAUUUCUGUGCUAGAAGGUCCGACUGUCUUGUGAUUCAGGCUUUGUCUUAAAAACGAAUGCAAUGGCGUUUCUUUUUCACAGUACAUGGUUAAUGAAUAACAUGUUUUGGAAAACUGUUUCGGACUUGUCUGGUUUCCUCUAAUGGUGAUGUGUGGAUUAGUGUGUGACUUUGUGGUGAUCAAGCCAUAGUCUCAUGUCACCAAGUUACUGACAGCAUGACUUCUUUGUGCAAAAUACCAAUGUUUUUGUGUAUUGUUUAAACAAGUAUGCUAUACAUAUUUAUUAAACAAAAACUGCAGGUUUGUGACUGAAUCAUGCUCUGAGAAUCAUGACUCAGGGUUAAUAUAGAUGUAAAUCUUUGUAUUUUUUCUAAUUUAAAACUUGUAGUAAUUUUAUUAUUUUGUUUUUCUCCUUUUGUUAAGUGUUUCUGUCCAAUAAAUGUGUUCAUUCUGAUGGGGGAAAAAAAGCCAAAAAGGAGAGAAGAGAGUAUACCUCCAGCUGGAGGAGAGGGAAUAUCACUGAACAACCAGAUGCAGGUGUGACUUCAGGAAAAGAGUUGGAAUAGAUUGGCAGUGGUUUGCAUAUACAGUAGGGUGACUCGAGGCAUUUUUGUUUUGGUAACCAUCCUAAAAAGAAACCCUCCGACUCCUGUAGAGAACUUGGAAAGUUUAAGAAAAUGUAAUGGAAAAUGGUUUUGGGAAAGUGAACCACUUGCAUAAAACGUGAAUUGGACUUCUGAACUACUGUUUAUUAAAGGCUACGAAAGGCA